ACCAAGCACGCAGCAACUUCACAUUCUUCACAUUCUUCUCUAAUUCAAACUGAAUAAGCUCAGCUCUACCGCUUUGAACCAUGCAUUCCGUCCUUAUUCCAGGCUUGUUAGUCAUCUUGCCGGCUCUAGCUGAGGAGCUUCGCGCUGCAGAUGUUCCUAAGGCCUGUGAAACAAUUUGCGGGCCCAUCGUCGAGCUCACCAACACUUGUGAUAUCGACCCCAGCGAGGCAAAUGAUGGCAACGAUGAACGAAAGAAGCUGCGCCUGCGAGGCACUGAGGAGGAUGAAGACGGAGAUGAAGCUAUUGAGGCAGAAUGCAUCUGCAAGAACACGAGCUUCGAUGUGGCCAACAUCAUGGCGCUGUGUGCCAGCUGCAUUGCUCAAAAUGGAGGAACGACAGAAGAUGCUGAUAAGAUCAUGUCACAAUGCUCUUUCUCGUCCACGUCGUACGCAUUAUCGGCAACAAUCGCGGUAAAGGAAGUCCAAGUGGAAGCUACGAAGCCGGCGACUGCGCUUGGAAGUUCGACAACGGACUCUAGCUCACCAUCCAGCCCCGCUGAUGAGAGCAAUUCGGGACGACUGGCGGUUUCGCUUGCAGCGGUCGUGGGCAUUAGCUUCGCGACCUUGAUGGUUCUGUGAUCAAACCCGAGUAAGCUCUUCAGACAAGAUUGGUUCAGUUUCAACAUGCCGCAGGCGGCAGACUCCGUGGGCUUUGUGCGCUAUGAGCUAGCUGGUUUGCUAGUCUGUGCCUCUUUCGGCACUGAUUUGUGAGCCCGUGCCAAGUACGAUUCUCCAUAUCUUAUCUCCGAGAUAGUCCAGUCCUUCAAACCAGUUAUGGUCUAACAAACACCAUUGUUUCAG